AACCCGCGACCCCCCUAAUAAACGAGAGCAUGUAUAUAAGCUGCGCGUGCGCCUCCGCGCAGUUAGUGCUCGCGCCGUGAGUGUGUGUGUUGGAUCGUAGUGCACGGUACCUUUUGUAAGAAAAUAGAAAUGGAAUCCUCAAGAAAGACCCUCUUCACCUGCAUGGUAGCGUGCGCCGUGGUGACCCUCGCGCGGGCAGCCAACGAAUACCUCCCCCCACAGAAGGGGUACAACUACGAACCCCCCAGCGUACCCUUCCCUACAGACAAUAAUGGAAACAAGGCUCCUGGCCCGUUUAGGCCUCCGCCCCCGACCCGCGGGCCCGCGUACGUGCCCCCUCCCCCACAGCCGAACAACCCGCCGCCAUCGCAUGAUCACUCCCACGACGAGCACCACCACCACGAGCCCGGCAUGCCCUUCGACUUCGCCUACUCCGUGAACGAGGACGGCAACGACUAUAGCCACAACGCCGUCUCCGACGGUGACGUCACCCGAGGAGAGUACCGAGUAGCCCUGCCGGACGGACGCACGCAGAUCGUGAAGUACACCGCUGAUUGGAAGAACGGUUUCAAUGCCGAGGUGUCGUACGAAGGCGAGGCCCGGUACCCCGACCAGCCGUCCGGUUACCCGUCCGGUAACGCCGCCGGCGCCGGUCCCGGUCAGCAGUACGUGCCCCCUAGCCAAGGAGGCGGUUACCAGUAUUAAUUCUAGCUAUAUCCUUAGCCGUUCGAGGCAAGAAUAGACGACGUUAAUGUUUAAAUUGACCUAAAGCUGCGUAGAAUUCUGACGGAAAAUGGUCUUAAUUAUUUAACUAUAUCAAAGAUUUAAGCAAGCAUACUAUGCGCUUAAAGUACUUCACACAUCUAACUAUAUAUAUUCUUUAGCGAUAAGUCCGCCUGUUGUUACCUACCAAUGUGUAUAUGUAAUCAAUUUCUGUAUCUGUUUUUUAUGUAGUGUGCAAUAAAGAAUUUUAUUAUUAUUAUUAUUAUUAUUAUUAUAUUCAGAAUCCUAAAUCAUAUCACGUAAAGGUGUGACUGCACAAUUUAAGGAAUACUUUUGUAGGAUUCUGCUUACGACAACUGAAUCAAAUAAGGUGUGUGAAGCUUUUAAGCGAUAAAAAUGUAUUAUGAUGAGUGGUCUAUUCUUGAUUUGAAUAUAAAAUAUGGUAAGAGUUGUGAAUUUGAUACAAAAAUUGACAAAGAUGAUAUAUUAGAUGCAUGAUUCUCUAAGAAACAAUUUAAGAUGUCAAGAUUUGUCAAUUAAAAUGCCCCGGAGAUCCAUAGGCUAUUUGUAUGAUUAUGUAAGAUGAGCGAAAACGGCGAAAACUUUAUAAUCAUGGCAAUAUUUUCUGUGUGAAAGAUAAUCGCGUCAAAUGAACGAAAAUUACAUAAUUGGAUCGUGUAUGACUCUCCUUAAAUUGUAAGAAAAGUAAAACUGUUAAAACUAUAGAGGAUUCGCGCCAAAAUGAAAGUGCUUGUUUUAAUACGAAACGAAAGUUACCAUUUCUAGUUUAAAUAGAUAGAAUAUUUAAAUUAUAGUUACCAUUUUUGGAUAAAAAAAAUGUUGUUCGCGAUUUCGCGAUUAUUGUUUCGUUGCUAUUUAAAAAAAAACAUCUUUUUGUUUUUUUUUGUGUUCUGUUUAAAAAUACAAGAUUAUUAUGUAGAAGAUAAGUAUUAUU